AUGGGAAACCAAACUGUCAUCUCAGAGUUUCUCCUGCUGGGCCUGCCCAUCAGGCCAGAGCAGGCCAACCUAUUCUAUGCCCUGUUCCUGGCCAUGUAUGUUACCACCGUCUUGGGGAACCUCCUCAUCAUCAUCCUCAUCCGCCUGGACUCCCACCUCCACAUGCCCAUGUAUUUGUUCCUCAGCAAUUUGUCCUUCUCUGACCUCUGUUUUUCCUCGGUCACGAUGCCCACUUUCCUGCACAACAUGCAGAGGCAGGUCCCAUCCAUCCCCUACGCUGCCUGCCUGACCCAAUUGUACUUCUUCCUGCUUUUUGCAGACCUGGAGAGCUUCCUCCUCGUGGCCAUGGCCUAUGACCGCUAUGUGGCCAUCUGCUUCCCCCUGCACUACACCUCCAUCAUGAGCCCCAGGCUCUGUCUGUCCCUGGUGGGGCUGUCCUGGUUCCUGACCACUUUCAUCUCCUUGUGGCACACCUUGCUCAUGGCUCGGCUGUCUUUCUGUGCUGAUAACCUGAUCCCUCACUUUUUCUGUGACAUGUCAGCUCUGCUAAAGUUGGCCUGCUCUGAUAUUCAGAUAAAUGAAAUGGUGAUAGUUAUCUUGGGAGGGCUCGUCAUUAUUGUUCCAUUCCUGUUAAUCUUUUCAUCUUACGCACGAAUUGUGUCCUCCAUCCUCAAGGUCCCUUCUGCCAGGGGCAUCCGCAAGGCCUUCUCUACCUGUGGCUCCCACCUCUCUGUGGUGUCUCUCUUCUAUGGGACAAUCAUUGGCCUCUACUUGUGUCCUUCAGCUGACAAUUCUACUGCUCAGGACACUGUCAUGGCUGUGAUGUACACAGUGGUGACCCCCAUGCUGAACCCCUUCAUCUACAGCCUGAGGAACAGAGACAUGCAGGGAGCCCUGGGCAGAGUCUUGUCAAAGUGGGUGAUUCAGCUUUCUCUGGGACAGUGACCCUAAAGAUUAAAGUAUGCUUUCAAAUAGUCGGUGUAAUACU